GAUCGAGUUCAUCGUCAUUUCCGGAAAUGUCAUCAUGGCUGACAGACGUAAACGACAUGGGACCAGCUCUUACUCUGACAUAGAUGAAGAGUUGGCCCCUUAUAAAUGCCCCGUAUGCUUAGAAAUUUUUAAGAAUCCAGUUCAUAUAACAUGUGGCCAUAAUCAUACGUAUUGUUCAGACUGCGUUGCACCAUACAAGUCCCAGCAUGAAGCACAAUGUCCGGAGUGCAGGGGAACUUUUGAUCCUCGUGACCUGAGGAGAGCCAGUGAUCUGGAACAUGCCAUGAGAAAUGUUCAAAUCCCUUGCAGAUGGUGUGGACAAGGGAUGACGGUACAUCGAUUGAGAUCUCAUUUAGCAAAAUGCAAACAGAGAGAUAGUUCUAUUCCUAAAUUUAAACCAGUUGCAGAGACAGCACAAAGUUUCCCUGCUAAUUUACCAAAUAGGUCUACAUUUAGUUGUCCAAUUUGUCAUCAGGAAAAUUUGGAUUGUACUGCCCUUAUACAACACUGUAACAAAAUUCAUGCACAGGAAUCGGGAAGUUUUGUAUGCCCAGUUUGUGCCUCCAUGCCAUGGGGAGACCCUAAUUACUGUAGUCCUGAUAUAGUUCAUCACCUCAACAUGAGGCAUAAGUUUGAAUAUGACACAUAUGUGGAUUUUAACCAGGAUGAGGAUGAAAUGUUGAGGCAAGCAUUACAGGCCUCCCUGGAACCAGUAUAAAGUUUAGUAUUGUUUAUACAAGAGAGUUGCCAUUAAUAUGCUGAUAAAGAUAUCAGGGGUAUAUAAAAGAGGGGGAAAACUGUGAUGUAACUGAAAAAGAACCAGCCACUAUGCAUAAGUUUGUUUUAAUAGGUAUAUUAGAAAUAUUAGGGGUUAUCAAAAAGUUCAAGAACUGAUGCAAUAAAAUGAAUACUAUGUACUCAGUGCUUACAAAAUUUAUAAGGAAUAUAAAACAGCAAAAGUUUAAGAUGUAUUAAAAAUUUAAGCUUGAUACAUUUAUAAUUUGUCAAAUUAUCAUUAAGUACAAGAGACAAUAUAGGAUCACCAGGUGCUGUGGCCAUUGAGUUUCAUGACGUUGGAUAACAUCAUUGUUUUUCCAUGUUUGCUCCCUCUGCCUCAAUACACUUUUCUUGAUGAAAUUCCCUGGAGUUUUAAGUAAAGACUGAAACCCGUCUUGUUUAUAUUACUUUAUGAUGUCAUGAACAGCUUAUUUCAAUACAUAUAUAGUAUUGUAAAUGGAUAUAUACAUAAGGAAAGAUCCCCAUUCCAUUAUGCCAGCAUAAUUUGUUUGUUGGAAUUCAUUGCCUAACUCACCUGAGCAACAUCACUUUUUGACAUGACUGACUUUGGACAUCCAGACUACAAAACAGGUACUAUGGAUGCAUUUGAUUUCUCUGUAGCCUAUGUAAACAUUUCCUUUAUCUAUGUUAGUUCUUCCAGGGGUGAAACUUUAUAGAAUUUGGGAAAAAGACAUCUCUCCCCCCUUCUGGCAUUACUGAACCCCUUAAUUUUCUGGCAAUGCAUAUAAAAUUUAUGAAAAAAUUUCAUAGAACUUACAGAAUGAGGUAAAAAUUGAAAAUUUUAUGCAACAAUUGAGUGAGUUAACGUAUUGAUUAUUGGAUGACAAAUGCUCACAUAUUAAAGAAUUUUUCUCCAUUAGACACAGUAGAUAUAUGUCGUAUUUUUAGGUUGCGGUUCCUGAUCAUACCAUUGCUUUCAAAAAACAUUAACAAUUUUUAAAAAAUAAAACUAUGAUUUAUAGUUAUUCUAUAGAUAGAAAAAGAUGAUGCUAACAAAAUGUGUAAAAAUUCAUUGAUGUACCUCAAGCGAUUUUAAUUUUAUUCCUGCUAGUCCACGAACUUUUUGAUAACCCAAUGUAUGGUACAUGUGGACUGAAUUGAAAAAAUUAAUGCACGUUUUUUUUAUUUUAUGAAAUAUUUUCUUUGUGUUUGUUCAGUUUAUAAUUGCUUUUCCACAAGGGUGUAGAGGUUAUUGUUCCCCUAUUCUUAUUUUGAGUUUCAUUACAAUUUUUACACUGUAAGAUAAAUCAUGUUUUUGCAAAUUUUUCCAUUUUCAUUAAGUUCUCUUACGUAAUCUUAUCCAGAAUAUGCAUCCUGAUUAUUGUGUCAACACUUUACAAAAUGGUAGAAAUGUUGUUAAAUAUCAGUUUAUCAAUGUAAAAGUUUAUUAUGUAUUUAACACAUGUGGAAUUAAUUUUAUCAUUUCUUUGAGGUAGUUGUCAAAAACCUCGACACAAAAGUUCCCAGUAAUACCAUUGUCUUUUGAUUGUAAAACUUAGCAAAGCAAUACACUGUGAUUUCACAAUUAAAUGUACAAAAUCAUUAAUUGCUGCUACAUGUACAUGUACCUGUUGAAGAUCUUAUGGAUUGCUUAGGUUUUCAUUAAGUUUUUCUGUCUGUAUGUCCUGAUUUUUUUUUUUCUAUUUUUUUUUUUUUUUGAUUGUCUAAUAAUGUUCAAAUUUGGAAUGAUAAUAAGCAAUUAGUCAUAAAUAUGGAAACUAAGUUUGAUUCGGGAUGGGGCAGAUUCCUUAAUAGUACUUUAUAUGAAAGAAUGGUUAAAGAGCAAUAACUUCUGAAAAUGUUCCUAUUAUGAACUAAGUCCAUCUUGCACUGAAAACGCACAUUAUUCACUGAAAACAUACAUUUUCUUAAAUGCAUACUGAUAUACAUCUUCAUUUGUGUUAUAAUUCUACAGAAUUAGUAAAAAAAAAAUAUUUAAGCAAAAAUGAUUUAAAUUCUUUACUGCCUUUUGUAAAUACAAGGAUACUGUUGAAUUUUCGCAAUGACAUUUAAUGUCAUUUUUGGAAAGACUCUUUGAAUUAUAAUUACAAUGGUUGUUUUAUAUUCUUCUUCCUAAAAUAAUCCUUUUUAAUUUUUUUUCUUGAUCAAUUUAUUGCUAUCCCAUGCAUCUGCAGAACCCUUGCUGACUGGUCAGUUUUCUGUUUUUAUUCAUUUUGAUUGCAGAUAAUGUAGAACACAUGACAGUAAUAUUGAAAUGUAAUGAUUAUACUUUAUCUUUUGUAAGGCGACUCCAGAUCACUGUUUUUGCUCUCUUAUAAUAUUUGUUUAAAGUAAAAUAUUUCAAGUAAAAGCGUCUGCCAAAAUUCCAAGACAUUAAAAAGUAACUAAAUCACUCUA